AUGAAUCACCCACACAAACCUGAAUCCCCACCUCGCACACGGACUGAAAUUUAAAACAGACAAGAGAUUAUUCCCAGCCUGGUUUGGGAGCCCUGCUGACACACAGAGCCUUCGGAGCGGCAGGAGGGAGGAGAAGAGCCUGAUCCAGGUGGGCUCCAAGCUGGCAGCUCCCAGCAGUCCGGGUGCCUCCGAGGAGCUCUCCUGCUCCUCGGGCAGCGUGGGCUGAGGCUUUGCCACUCCACACACCUACUUCCUGCAAUCCUGGCAAUUACCAAUCGUGUAAAACCCAGUUCCUGACGUGGCUGACUCAGCAAGGGCUUGGCUCAAAACAAACACAUCCGAGCAGGAGCUGCAGCCCGGGAAGAGGCGACGGGCGGCACAUGAAGAGACAGCGGCGGCGGCGGCUUCGGGGAUUUUUAGCAUUCUGGGUCCAACCUGGCUGAAUUCCCGAACUCCCGGCUCAGCUGUCCCCAGACUCUCUCCUUCAUCCUGGUGGGCGUGGCAGGCACGGUUCUCCGAGUGCUCCAGCAGCUUCUCCUCUGCGCCCUCGGACCCGGGGCUGCUCCGACACGGCCUACGGGAACGGGGCAGGAAGAAGCUGUUCCUGCUGCGUGGCUCGCUGCUGAUCCCGUGGCUCAAGUCCAGCACCUGCCUGUGAGGAGUCAGCAGGUCCCUUCUCCUCACUGCCUUCCCUCAGCAUGGAUACCUGGCGCAGAGGGUCCAUCAAGUCCACCACGUUCUUCAGACGUUUCUCCCUCAGGAGGCACAAAAAGCUGGGCAACCAAGUCAUCAUCCUGAACCAGAACAGCCACACUCUGGACACUGACAGCCAGAAGAGGGAAGGCUUGAGGGAUCUGAAGGACAAGUCUGACUACCUGUCGUGCCAGAGCGAGCAGAACCUGGCCAAGGCACAAGCCCCUCCCAAGCCUCCCCGGCUGUACCUGGACAGUUCCAGCUGCCCCAACAUCAUCGACCACACCGACUCCCACUCCGACAUCUCCUUUUCCGACGCCGCUCAGUACCACAAAGGCACUCAAACGCACAAGGACCAGGCUACGGACCACGGGACCUCAGAGGCAGGUUCCCAGAACGGCACCACUCUUCCCGACCUGGCUGACCCCUUCCUGUCCUUCAAAGUGGAUUUGGGGCUAUCGCUCCUCGAGGACGUCCUGCAGACCCUCAGGAAACAGAACCCAAGAGAUUAUGCCAUCUGAAGGUAUUUAUCAUUCACCACAUCCCAUUUCCCCGAUGCUGCUGCCGGUUCCUCUGAUCCCAGCGGGAGGAAGGAUGCUGGAGCAUGCCUGUCGUGUGUGGCCUGUUUUGUUGCCCUCGCCUCACCCACCACAGACCAUCCCUGUCCUUGCCAAGGAAUCCUCUGGAGCAGAGCUCAGGUGAGAGCACUGUUUCCACUCUUCACCCCGGGAAUCUCCCACUCCGGACUGUGCGUCUCCUCCUCAGGGAAGAACGGCACCGUUUGGGAAAGACUUGUUAUUUUGGGGAUGUGGCUGUGACACUGCGGGGCAGGGACACCCAGGGACUUGGCAUGGAUCCCUUGUGGGACAGCAGGCAGCCUGCAAGGAGACAGCAGCACUGCACCUCAAAGCCACAGGUGUGGCAAGGGCCGAGAGACGGGAACUGGGGGUUCUUCUCCCACCGUGUCUGGAUGUGAAAAAUCAAAGCUGUUCCUCUUCUUUUUUUUUUUCUUCCUCCUUGUGGGUUUCUUUUUCCCCAGCUCCAGUGCAGUUGGCACUCCCAGCCUGGAAACAGGUAAGCAUCCACUCGUGCUCGUGAUAGAGCACCAGCAGUGGGUUUAUCCUCCUGGCAGGGGAGAGGAGAUGUCUCCACACACUGCUGCCUCACGCAUGCACUGAGCUCCCAGCUGUACAGACGUGGAAGAAUAAAUGUAUUUGUGACUGGAA